AUGCAGAUGAUGUGUGCGGGACUAUCGCGGUACGUUCGUUCCACGAUCGGCCGGUGUGCGCGGCUCAGGACGAGAAUGCUCGAUAAAGCCGAUGUGAAAGAGAUCCACCAUACAAAUCAAGGUGGAGCUCCAAGGGGCAUGAACACUGAUCGGAACAAGGUGGUUCGAAAGAAACCUUUUAGGUCCACCGUUGCGAUUGGUGGAGGUGGUAUGAGGCGCUUGAUUCAUGUAUCGAGGACACCACACAAGAAAAAGGGUGGAAAAGGGUGUCUUCUGGAUCGGAUCAGGGGUAAAGCUGGGAAAGAUGAGGAUGAUCCCACGGCAGGGAAGGGUAAGGGAAAAGCUACUGAAGAAUGA